CUUACGGGGCGGGUGGGGGGGGAACCUCCGCCUUGACGGAAGGUUUGGGGAACGGCACCGCUGAGGCGGGAGCCCGCAGGGGCGGGGGGGCCGGGCGCAGCCGUCGGGGGGGUCCCGACCCAAGCCCGAGCCCGGCCACCGCCUCCGGGGCCCGCGGAGAGCCCCGGGCCUCCGCCGCCAUUGCGCCAAAGAGUGAGGAGGAUCUGCUGGCCCUGGCCGCGUCGCGGCUGAGCCGCCGCAAGCGGGUGGCGGGCGCGGCCGUCGGGGUAGCCAUGGUGCUGCUGCUGCUGGUGGCCAUUCCGCUGCUGGUGCACAGCUCCCGCGGGCCGGCGCACUAUGAGAUGCUGGGUCGCUGCCGCAUGGUGUGCGACCCACACGGGCCUCGAGGCCCUGGACCCGACGGCGCGCCCUCCUCCGUGCCCCCCUUCCCUCCCGGCGCCAAGGGAGAGGUGGGCAGGCGCGGGAAGGCAGGUCUGCGAGGGCCACCGGGACCCCCAGGUCCCAGAGGGCCUCCAGGAGAGCCGGGCAGGCCAGGUCCACCAGGUCCUCCCGGCCCAGGCCCUGGCGGGGUGGCGCCCCCUGCCGGCUACGUGCCUCGCAUUGCCUUCUACGCGGGUCUGCGGCGGCCACACGAAGGUUAUGAGGUGCUGCGCUUCGACGACGUGGUGACCAACGUGGGAAACGCUUACGAGGCGGCCAGCGGCAAGUUCACCUGCCCCAUGCCAGGUGUCUACUUCUUCGCUUACCAUGUGCUCAUGCGCGGCGGUGACGGCACCAGCAUGUGGGCCGACCUGAUGAAGAAUGGACAGGUCCGGGCCAGCGCCAUUGCUCAGGACGCGGACCAGAACUACGACUACGCCAGCAACAGCGUCAUCCUGCACCUGGAUGUGGGCGACGAAGUCUUCAUCAAGCUGGACGGCGGGAAGGUGCACGGCGGUAACACCAACAAGUACAGCACCUUCUCUGGCUUCAUCAUCUACCCGGAUUGAGCAGGGCCCCAUCCCCCGCGCCCCCGCUCGCCCUUCGCCUCCGCUCCCCUCCUCACCCACCUUCAGCCGGUCCCACCCAAGGCGCCAUCCUAUCCUUCGAGAGCCUGGCGGUGGGGCAGACCCUCCCGCUCCCGGAGGCGGCCGUGCUGGGCGGACUCUUGGCGCUCCGGGGACGCUCCGAGGUCUAAGUGGUCUAAGUGGCCGGGGAGAGGAGGAAGCCGGGCUAAGGAGGAGCAGAGCGGCUCGGGAAGGGACCGCCGGCUUCGGAGUGCGCGCCUGUCAAAGCUGAUCCGAGAGGGGCGGAGGUCGGGCCCUCUCUUCUGCUAGGAGCUGGGGAACAGCUUCACCACCCGGAGCUGCAAGCAGAAAGGAAGCCCCGGCAUUUGGUGGCGGUGGUGUGUGUGCGGGGAUGGAGAGCAGAAACAGGAGCCCAUCUAGGUGGGAGGACAGGAAACGUUUGGAGGGGUCAGGCUCGUCCUCUGUCACAACUUUCUCUCCUUCCCUCAUCCCCAUUUUCAGGCUCCAGGCCCCGGCCUUGGCAGCCUUCCUGUGAACUGGAGGAAGGAGUGAAUUCUUUCCUAGCAUUUAAAACUCAUUCUGUACAGUCCCCAUUUCACCCCCAUUCCACCUAGGCCCUGGGGCUACAGCUGCUGUUGCCUCUUCCAAUAAAGCAAAGUUGGAGAAUG